GAUCUUUAUUUUUUUCGCUAAUGAGGACCCCGCAUCUGCUCUCCUACCAAACAGCGCGAAGAAGGAGAACAAAACCCUAAUCCCUGCAAGCCUAAAACCCUCUGCUGGUUCGUUCAAGCUUCACUGACUUUCAGAGGCCAGUCCUUUCCUUUCUCGUUGCGUCUCUAAACAGUAAACUCUGAUCGAAUUUGAACCGUACCAGUGAGAAAAACCAAUCAAACAAACAAAUGGUGUGGUUUCAGUGUGAUGACUGCGGCGAGGAAGUGAAGAAGCCCAAGCUCUCUAAUCACUUCCGCAUGUGCUCCGCUUCUAAGCUAUCGUGUAUUGAUUGUGGGGUGACUUUCGGCCCUGACACCGUCCAGGGCCACACUCAAUGCAUCAGUGAGGCGGAAAAGUAUGGUCCCAAAGGACAAGGGAAACCAGCUGUAAAUGGAGCAACGCCUAAAUCCAAGGACUCGAAGCAAAAGCCUGAUGUUGAUAUCAACGUUGGUUUGUCCCUCCGCCCGCCAUGGAAUUGCAGUCUAUGUAAUACCAAAGCCACAAGUAAGCAGGCUCUUCUUUUGCAUGCUGAUGGAAAGAAGCAUCGAGCAAAGGCCCGAGCCUUUCAUGCUGGCAGGCAACCUAAACAGACUGGAGAUGUUGUAAAAGAGAGCACCCCUAUUGAUUGCAAUGCUACAGGCAAUGGAUCGGGUGAGAAAGCUGCAUCCGAUGGUGCAGAUACUGAUGGAAAACUGGAGGAUGGGCUUUUACCAUCAGAAAAGAAGAGAAAACUAGAUGUGUCAGAUACUAUUGGUAAUGUUAGUGUGAAAAAGGCCAAGGGUGAAACAGACGGUAAAUCGAAGAAAGUCAAGCAAAACGGGACUACUACUGAUAAGAAGUUAGAAUCUGUCAGUCCAGAAGAACAUACCGAGAACAAGAUAAAGUGGAAGAAGUUGAUCAAGGCAGCCCUGAAAUCCAAUCCAGACGGAGCUAUGAAAAUGAAGAAACUGGAGAAACAUGUGAAAAAGUCGCUCCAGGAAUCAGGGAAAGGUGUAGAUCAUGGUGAACUUGGCAAUAUUCUUCAGCAAAAGAUCAAUUCAAACUCCAGAUUCACAAUUGAUGGCAAAUACGUCAAGCUUGUGGCCAGAGUCUAAAACAGUAAAACUGGAUUCUUGGCAUUUGGCGAGGUGAUACUUGUGGUUGGAUGGAAAUCAUAGAGGUUUCAGAUAGUUUUGCCGGCUGAUUCUUGUUUUGUCUCGUGAUGAGAUCUCUUGUACCAAAUGCGGCCACUUUUCUAGUCUCUUUUCUAGUCUCUGGAGUUCAUUCGGAUACUGUUUCAUCAAUUUUUAGCAGUUGAGCCUAGUUAUAGAGCCCAGAACUUCCUUUGUGCUACUUGAAUCUCGUAACUUUAUUCUUCAUGGCUUCAUUCUCAUUUGCAUUUCAAUCGAAACCUUACAAAACAUUCACCGG